GGAAAACACAGGGAAAAUACCAGGGUGUUGCAACAGGCAAAGUUGCACUAAUAUAAAAGGAUCUGCUAAAAACAGUUGUUGCUGUGAACACUUUUCUCUCUGGAUAGUCGUCAAUCGAGCUGAUUAUAGAAUGAUGCUCAGAGUUAUGCUAGCAGUGCUGCUGCCAGUAGCAGCUUAUCAGUCCCCUCUGCCCACAGACUGUAGUGACAUCUACAGAGCUGGCUCAGGCACGGACGGGGUGUACACCAUCUAUCCAGCAGGCCCCACCUCUCCUGUGCAGGUUUACUGUGACAUGAGCAGAGAUGACAGUUCUGCAGAGAAGUGGACGGUCAUUCAGAGAAGACAAGACGGCACUGUGAACUUCUUCAUGAAGUGGGAUCACUACAAAACUGGAUUUGGCCGCGCUGCUGGAGAGUACUGGCUAGGCCUAGAGACAAUGCAUCUGCUGACCCAGGCCAAGACCUACGAGCUAAGGGUGGACAUGGAGGACUUUGAGGGUCAGAAUGUCUUUGCCCUGUACUCCUCUUUCUCUGUUGGUCCAGAGUCAGAGGGAUACAAGCUAAAUGUGGGGACUUUCACCAAAGGAGCAGCAGGAGACAGUCUAACUUUUCACAAUGGGAUGAAAUUCACCACCACCGACAAAGAUCAAGACACACAUGGUUCAAACUGUGCCAGGCUGUGCUAUGGAGGAUUCUGGUACGUUGACUGCUUUUACGCUAACCCCAACGGGGUCUACACCUGGGGACCCUCACCCCGUGCAGCUGGUGUACAGUGGAGAACCUUCAAAGGGCUCGAGUAUUCCCUAAAAACCAUCACAAUGAAGAUCAGACCAGUUGCUACAUAAAAAUGGAACUGGGUCAAGAGUCACUGUGCGCAGCUUUGUUUAACUGGUGCAUCACAACCAGGAGAAUCAGCCAAUGUUCAUACUCAAAACACUGUGGAGUUUUCUUUUGUAUUUAUUCAUCGAAGACGGAGAAGAGACACAUUUCAGCUCAACCCCAUGUGAUGCAUAGCGCAAACUACUAAUGGAUAUGGCUGGUGAUAUUCAAUAUUUGUAUUCUUUUUAUAUUUUUCUUUCAAUAAAAAACAAUUUUCAUAUUUUACAUGUAAGAGUAAAGCAGUAGCAAUAAUGUUUAGAAUAGCCAAGCCAUUAUAGGUCAAAAGUAUCUCCCUGGAAACACAUGUACAUUUUUUCACUGUAUUCCUGAAAUGAAAAAGAAAGCAAAACAUAAAAAACAGUCACUAUUA